AUGCCACUUCGCUCAUAUCCAUCCAUACCGAUUCAUCUUCGCCUGAAGCGAUACUUUCAUCGUAGCACGCGUCGAUAUGAAGGAAACUAUUACGAGGUUUUGCAAAUAACGACGACCGCAACGCAGGGCGAGGUGAAAAAAGCAUUCUACGCCUUGUCAAAAGCCCAUCAUCCAGACCGCAAUCCAACCGAUCCUCAGGCCUCAGCGAAGUUCAUAGCUCUUUCUACCGCCUACUCUGUUCUUGGAACGCCCAGCAAACGUGCUUCUUAUGAUCUAACUAUUCUUCCCGCGUCCCAGGCUCAGAGCCAAUAUUCACCUGUUCAGCGUGGCUCCUACUCAUCUACAAACCCUGCCGGUGGUCGGUCGCCGAGCGGUCUAUCAAGGCGUCGUACUCGUUUCUGCGGUCCCCCGCCCUCUUUCCAUCGCAACGGCGGCUGGGGAGAAUUCGCAGAGAAGAGGCGAGGUGCUUCCGUAAGCCCAGCUCGCGAUAAGAAAAAGCAAGCGAAUCCGGCACACUCUGAAACCUACGGUGAGUUGCGAUCCAACCAGGGAUACAAUCAACUUAAACCUGAUGACGUAACACACUUUGAUAAAGCGAGUCACUUGAGAACACACGAAAACCAGCAGAAGAGACAGACGAGAAGCAAGAGGGACGUAGAAGAUUCCGAAGUGGAAUAUGCAAGGGGAAUCGCGGGUCCUUUUAUAACGGUUGUGGGCAUCCUGUCAGUGGGAUUUUGUUUACCUAUAGCUUUAAUGGCUACUGUGCAGACCUCUUGA